AUUGACAGCUGAGCCACUAAAACCUUCAGAAACGACGCAACUCUUUAUAAUCUUUAUAACGGCCCAGGAAAGCGCGAAUAAAACAACAAAACCCCGGGAUUUAAACUUCUGUCUGGACUUUAAAAAGAUCUGCGCCCGAUUUUAUUGAGUUAUUUGUGGGAAAAAGAGCCAGGAUUAAAGCGAGAGAGGCCGAGCCCUGAGAGCCCGGUAAUGCCCCCCCGGUCCACCCACCUGCCCUCCGGUCCGGGCCCUGCUCCGCCGGCCUGACGGCCAGGCAGCAUGAUGGCCUCUGCGGUUGCCGGGGGCAACCGGAAGAAGUCGCUCACGCUGCGGGGCGUCGACCCAGAGACCUGCAUGAUCGUGUUCAAGAACCACUGGGCGCAGGUGGUGAAGAUCCUGGAGAAGCACGAGCCGAGUCGCAGCAGCUCCGGCGCGCUGGGCUUCCUCACCGGUCACCAUGGCAACGGCAGCAUCAGCAGCAGCAGCGGCGGCGGCGGCUCGGCGUCGCUGCGCCUCGGCCCCAUCCCGGCCGACGAGGCCAGCGCCGUCCAGAACUACGUGGAGCACAUGCUGUUCCUGCUGAUGGAGGAGGAGGCCGGGAAAGGCGGCGCCAUGGGGCCCAUCCUGGAGCUGGUGGUGCUGGAGGGCGUGAUGGAGCGGCUGUUCCUGUGGAGCCUGAGGAGGCAGUUCACGGAGGACAUGAAGCUGGAGCAGCUGAGGAUGUACCAGAUGCUGCUGGCUCAGGCCCGCCAGCCGCUGCUGCACCACAAGCCCGUGCUGCGGCCGCUCAUGAUGCUGCUGGCGUCCUGCGCUGGCGCCGGGGGGGGGCCCGGCGGCGUGGUGGAGGCGGAGCUGGUGCUGCUGCUCCACCAGCUCUGCGUGGCACUGGUCAAAGACCCGUCGGUGCUGGAGCUGUUCUUCCACACCAGCGAGGACCAGGGGGCCGCCAACUUCCUGCUCUUCUCCCUGCUCAUCCCGUACACCCACAGGCAGGGUCUGGUCGGCCAACAGGCCCGGGAUGCUCUGCUGCUCAUCAUGUCUCUGUCGGCCUCCGAGCCUCGUGUCGCCGAGCACAUCGCCGAGAACACCUACUUCUGUCCUGUGCUGGCCACAGGUCUGUCCGGCCUGUACUCGUCUCUCCCGGCCAAGCUGCAGGUUUACAGCGAGGACUGGCACUCUCUGGACCGGGCCGACUGGCAGCAGGUUCCGGCUCUGGUCCACUUCCUGCACUCCCUGAACUUCUGCAGCGCCGUCACCAAGGUGGCCCACCCGUCCAUCCGCCUGCAGCUGCUGGGAUACAUCUACAACGGGUUCCUGGUGCCGGUGCUGGCGCCGGCGCUGCACAAGCUGACGGUGGAGGAGGUGAUGACCACCACCGCCUACCUGGACCUGUUCCUGCGCUCCGUCUCCGAACCCUCGCUGCUGCAAACCUUCCUGUCCUUCGUCCUGCUGCACCAACACGACGGAGUUCAGGUGCUGGACACGCUGGUGAGCCGGGUCAACACACCCUUCCAGCUGGGAACCGUGUCGCUGGCUCUCUUCCGGACUCUGAUUGGUUUGUUCUGCGAGGACGUGAUGCUGCAGCUGGUGUUCAGGUACCUGAUCCCCUGCAGACACCUGAGCAGGAGGCAGCGCUGCUCCUCCAGGGCCUCCUCCCUGCAGCAGAGGGACUGCUGCUCCUCCAGGGCCUCCUCCCUGCAGCAGAGGGACUGCUGCUCCUCCAGGGCCGCCUCCUUCCUGCUGCUCCUGCCCUCCUGGUGCCCCGAGGCCCGCACCCGCUCGGAGCACCUGCACUGGCCCAAGGGAGCAGACCUGGCCGUGGCAGACAGCGUGGGUUACUGUCGUGGUUCAGACUUUCUCAUGGACGUCAACUACCUGCACUACCUGUACGACGCCCGCCAGGCCAUCGCCGCCUCACACAGGGGCUGUCUGCACUGGUCGGCUCCGUACGACGGAAUCGACCCGCCGCCUCAAGAGUACCGAUCCGACACGCCAGGACACGACGCGGAAGACGAGGACGAGCUGGUACGGCGAGUGGAGAGCGACUCCAUCUGCUCUCUGGGCAUCACCCCUCCUCCCCCGGCCCUCUCGCCCACGCCGUCGUCCUGCGAUAACGUCUCCACGGGCAACCAGGCGGGCAGAGCCGGCUCCGCCCUGGACCUGGAGUGGGACGACAUCUUUGCGGACGAGGAUUUCUCUCUGUCGGGGUUUAACCUGACGUUAUCGAACGGCGCCGGAUGCAGCCUCUCUCCGACACCGAUGCCGCCUCGACACAUCCAGGAGAUGCGACGCAGCGCGACCAAGCUGGUCCGGGGUUCGUACGUAGAGGAGUCCGAGUUCCAGGACGACGUUCUGGUCUACGAUCUCGUGGCCCAAAAAGACACGAAGGGAGCCAUUCUGGAGCGGAUCAAGGCGGCGAACCGCCGGUCCCGCGGAAGCAUCUCCAAGGGGCCGCGAGCGUCGACGCCGGUGGUGAUGACGACCACGAUAUCCACCCUGUUCACCACGACGGGGAGGACGGUGGUCGAGACCGUCAACAGCAUCAUGUCGACGCGGCGGCGGAGCGAGGAUGUAGGGAACGAGGACAGGAGGAGGAGUGAGGCGUACGCCAAGGAGGCGAGGAGGAGGAGGAGCGAGGACUGUGGGAAGGAGCUGAAGAGAACGAGGGAGGAAGGAGACGAUCCAAUGAAGAGGAUCGUCCGACAAGGAGAGCCACUUCUGUUCAUCAACGGCUUCAACGUUGAAGAUCACAUCGACGACAAAUUUGAUGACUUUGACGAAGAUGACGAGCAAAGCUACAACCUGAAUGACUUUGAAGAUUGUAUCAACCACACACACACAACACACCAGCACAUCAGCAUCAACACACAACCUUCGGACGCACAACCGCUACCCAACGGACUUCACCAACCCGAGCCACAACACCUCCGUGUGUCUUCAAUAGGGUCUUCAACCCACGCCAAGUCCCCAACCCCGCCGGACAGCAGAGUGGCCAACAGCAGCAACAGCUUCCUGUCCCAGUACUACGAGCUCAUGCUGUCGUUGGGGGCGGAGCCAGACUGCGACGACCCGGCGGACGACAUGGACGCCUUCAGGAGCCGCGUCCGCGAGCUGAGGCGCAAGCUGAAAGAGGAGGACGGGGGGAACGAGUGCUGCUCUGACUUUGCGGUCGGCUGCCUGUCGGACGAUGUCGAGGAGGAAGGAGAGGCCAUGGAGGAGGAGGAGGAGAAGGAGGAAGAGGAGGGCAGGAGGAGCAGCACCAAGAGAGGCAGCAGUAGACGAGGAAUCCCAUUUACAGGUCCGUUCAUCAGCGUCCUGCUGUCGCGGCUGGAGAACCUUCUGGAAAACUCCAUUGCCGUCAACCUGCUGGUGACGGGGAUCCUGGCCCAGCUGGCGUCGUACCCGCAGCCUCUCCUCAGUUCCUUCCUGCUGAACACGGACUCUCGGAGCCAGUCCAGCGUACGCACUCUCUACCAGGUGCUGGCGUCGGUCAACGCCCAGGUUGAGCGUCACCUGGCAGCCAGGCCGGACUAUCCCGCCCUGGUGACGCAGGCCUGGAGAUUCCUGCUGGUCAAAGAUCAGGACAGCAAGUUCAGAGAGUGCCUGGAGUCUCAGGGCGGCGACAUCAUCCUGGACCCGUCUCUUCCCAACGGCUCGGUGAACAACGCCCUGCCUUUGCCUCCUCUCAGUGUCUUGCCCCCCUGCCCCGCCAUCCCCCCUCAGGCCAAAAGUCGAGUGUUCGCCAUCAUCCUGUACGCCGAGUUCCUGAAGGAGCUGGCGGCCAUCGCCCAGGAGCACAGCAUCGCCCAGGAGCACAGCAUCGCCCAGGAACACAGCAUCGCCCAGGAGCACAGCAUCGCCCAGGAGCACAGCAUCGUCCAGGAGCACAGCAUCGCCCAGGAGCAGGGCAUCGCCCAGGAGCACGGCAUCGCCCAGGAGCAGGGCAUCGCCCAGGAGCACGGCAUCGCCCAGGAGCACAGCACCACCCAGGAGCAGAGCAUCGCCCAGGAGCACAGCAUCCCCCCUGACCGCAGCAUCGCCCAGGAGCACGGCAUUGCCCAGGAGCACGACAUCGUCCAGGAGCACGGCAUCGCCCCGGACCACGGGUGGAAGGAGUGACGGGACCGUCUCUGCUGCUGACGGGAAUCGCAUCCCGGUCGUCACAAAACACGCGCCCAUGAACGUCUCUUGAAGUUCCCGGAGGUUCCUCGUGUGACAAGAGAUUAUUUAUAAAAAUGUUUUGAAGGAGAUUAUUUUCGAGCCAACAGGAAUUUUUCUAUGUAUUUGUGGGAUCUGUGCAAAUAGUUUCCUAUGUUUUCUAAAGUCUUUGCACUAAGUUGUUGUUUUGGAAGUAAAGAGGUUGUAGACUUGGUUGCACCUCAAUCAGCUGCUGUUUCCAACCGAACUGUCUCGGGAUGAACGCUGUACGUUUCUAUCCCUGCAGAUUUAGAUGACAAUAAAAACCUUCCUGGAUUCUGUCACUUCGGUCUGUUUUGAUCAACAACCACUUGUUUUCAACGUGUUUUCAACACCAGCAGUCUCCUGCUCAGGCCGUGACCUCACAGAGACCACCGCCCCGGCGGACUCACCCCGGCGGACUCGCCC